CGGCCACAGGGCACUGAGGGCAACCUCUGGGCCAGCGGUGAGGGACGAGCCUCCCUGCCUGCAGUGCCCCCCGCCCCCCACCCCCGCCUCCACGACACUCCGUUGGCAGUUGCCCCAGGGAGAUCAGCAGUCCCAGAUCCGGAGAGACUGUUGGGGCCUGCGAGACCUUCGGAGGCCACGCCAAGAAAGGGGAAGCAUCAUCUUGAGACCCUCCUUGGUGCAGCCUUGCCCAGGACCCGGGAGCCACGAGUCAGGUGGCAAACACCGUCUUCUGCUUCUCCAGCAGGCGUAAGUCCCUGGGAAUCUUGGAGCCCACUCAGAGGGAGCCACAGAAGCCCCGACGUUGCACAGCCCUGCAGGCAGGGGCUGGGGGCAUCCUUCACUGAGCUGGACGAAGGGGUCCUGGGGAGCGACUUCCGGCCCCUGAGGCCUCACUCUCUCGUACCCUUUGGGAAGGAAUCGCGGCAUCCUGGAUAAUUUCGUGGAUUCCCGAGGCAGCUCAGGUGUCCAUCAGCGGGCAUACUGCUGCCUCAAAGAGUUGGGCAAGAUGCUGUUCGGGGUGAAGGACAUUGCACUGUUGGAGCACGGGUGCAAGGCCCUGGAAGUGGACAGUUAUAAGUCCUUGAUGAUCCUGGGGAUCCCAGAGGACUGCAACCACGAGGAAUUCGAAGAGAUUAUUCGGCUGCCCCUCAAACCUCUAGGCAAGUUCGAAGUGGCUGGGAAGGCCUAUCUGGAAGAGGAUAAAUCCAAGGCGGCCAUCAUUCAGCUGACGGAGGACAUCAAUUACGCCGUAGUCCCCAGGGAGAUCAAGGGCAAGGGCGGUGUGUGGAGAGUGGUCUACAUGCCCCGGAAGCAGGACAUCGAAUUCCUAACCAAGCUGAACCUCUUUCUGCAGAGCGAGGGCAGGACGGUGGAGGAUAUGGCCCGGGUCCUAAGGCAGGAACUGUGUCCCCCAGCAACGGGCCCCAGAGAGCUCCCUGCAAGAAAGUGCUGUGUGCCUGGGCUGGGGGAGAAGCCGGAGGCUGGGGCCACCGUCCGGAUGGACGCGGUGCCACCUCUGAACUCCUCCGAGAAGGAGAGCAAAGCUGGAGAAGGCAAGAGGGGCAAAAGGAAGAACAAGAAAAACCGCCGGCGACAUCACGCCUCAGACAAGAAGCUGUGAGCCACCCAGGAGACCCCGCGGGACCAGCCGCGCAGGCGCAGUCGGAGCCAGAGCCUAGCAGCGCGUCCGAUCGUUGCUAUGGAGACCACAGGCUGCCCCCAGGCGCCUGCGCCCUUUGCAGAAAAUGGAGGAGGGAGAAACGGUCCCGGAUUCCAAGGUUUUGCAGAUUUCUUACUGCAGUUGAAGAAAACCCACGCAGAUCCAGGAGGAACGUGUCAGGGAGAUCCCUACUCGGGAGAAGACCGCCAUCCUCCUUCGUUCGGCUGUCACCCGCGGCCUGAUUCUGGGGACAGCCUCUCUUGCUGGGGGGAGACGAGCGGCACAGACUCCUCUAGCUUUGCGCCCUCCUGGAAAUCCUGUUAUAGCAAAGUCUACAGCCGUUUUCUGUGUUUCAAAAGCAUGUACCUUGAAUGUACCUCUGGCACAAACUUGUUCGGAGCGGGCCACCCUGUCAAGCAGAAACCAUGGCUGAGAGUGAGUUGCCUGCUCCCCACCUCUGAGGAACUCACUGAUCUGUAAGCGGCUGUUGAAAAGCUGUCGCCUUCUCUACACGCUGAGUCUCUCUUACAGAAGUGGUCAGAAGCGGGACCCUUCUGCCCCGAUUGGCGCCUGGGGUAAAGGUGUGAGUCUCCCCAAGUUAAAUUCCAGAAGCUCUGGCUUGGUGGGGAGGAGUGAACGCCACUCUCUACAGAAGAGACAAGGCUUCUGGGCAAUGGUCCAAAAGGAGGUAAAUAAUUAAGAGGCCAUUUUCGAGAGUUACCAAUGAACGACGUUAACACUGAGGUGAAGAAGAAUUUUAAAAUUCAGGUAAAAUCCAAAUACAUGUGAGUAGGCAGAUCUUUUGCUCAGAGACAAGGGACCUGUCAAUUUGCAAACUUCUGUUAGUCCAAGGAUCUGCAAAGGUUUGAACGGAAUCUCUUUCCAAAAAUGUAACUUACACACAACGACUCAGCCUACCAAAUUGUAAUGCCGGAGACUCCCAAUGUCUUAUUUAUUAUUAGUAGUAGUAGUAGUAGUAGUAGUAGUAUUUGAGACAAUCUUGCUCUGUCACCAGGCUG